AUGAUACCACCUUUUAUUCUACUACUAUUUCUAAUAAUGAACUCAUCAUAUUGUGAACCUUUUGAAUUUGAUUUUUUUCAAAACUUAGAUCCAUCUACAAAUCUCACCGAAAUCAUUAAUAAUAAUAAUAAUAACAGCAUCAGCAACAAUGUAUUUAAAGUUCAAAACUUUGAUUCCAAAUCAUCAUCUUCUUCAUCUAGCUCAUCUUCUUCAGGUGAAGGAUUACAAGAAUUUACACCAAUAAGAGACACAAUCCUUCAAUCAGAAACAAAAUAUUAUUCAUUUAGUGUUAAUACAAAAUCGGGGAUUGGAGAUUUUUAUGAACUUUUAAUUUUUUUAAGUGGGAAUAUUUGUACUCAACCACUGAAUUUAUUAGAAAAUGAUACUUCAUUAGCAGUUUAUUAUUCAUUUAAUUCAACCAUGUUUACUAAUAAUGAAAUUGGACAAAUGCAAUUAUUCAAAGAUGGAUUUUUCCAAGGAUUAGCUGAUUUACCAUUAACCGAGACCACCACCACCACCAACAAUGAUACCACUACCACGACAGUGCCAGAGAAAAUCUUGUAUAUUGCUGUUAGAGCACCGGAAAAUACUAAUCGUACAGCACAAUGGACAUAUCAAAUUGGGGUAUCACAACAUGAUUUAGUUUUCCAAUGGGAUGAUCGAUCAUGGGGGUCAAUUGUCGAUGUUGAUGAUAAUAGUGCAUUAAUAGUGACGGGGAAUCUUACGAAAUUAUCACUGGGGAAUUAUCUGGAUUUAAAUGCCACAAAUUCUCAAUUUUCAUUAUAUUUAUAUUCUUAUGAUAAUAAAGAUUAUUUCCAAGGAAUGAAUAAUAGUUGGUGUGCUGUACGUAGUGGACCUGUUUUAGUUAAACCAGAAGAGAUUGAAACAAAAUUUAUUGCUCGUCAUGGUAGUAUACAACAACAAUUUAUGGUUAACAAUUUAAAUGCUAGUACAAAAUAUAUUGCUUAUAUUGUUAUGGAUUUUGAAGGGGUAGAAUAUGGUGGUGCUGUACUUCGACCGUUUGAAUUUGAAACUAUGGAUGGAACUGCUUGUGAAUUGAUUUAUGAUUUGGAAUUUUGUGAUCAAGUGGCUUAUAGUGUUCCUGCCAUUGGUAAUUCCCUGUUAUUAGCUUCAAGUAUUGCUGGUGCUGAUAAUAAAACAUUAACAAAAAAAUUAUAUGAUGAUUAUGCUAAAUCAUUAUAUACAAAUUUUCUGAAAGGUUUACAACAAAUUGCUUGUGAUACGGUCCCUGAAGCCAUCUAUUCAAAUUUGAAAAGUUGUCAAGAUUGUGCUCAAAGUUAUAAAAAUUGGUUAUGUGCCGUUACUAUACCUCGAUGUUCUACAAAAAAUUUCACGGGUUAUAUCCAUCGAAAUGAAACAAAUCAAAGAAAUGAAUUUUUAGCUGAUGUUAUUCAACCAAAUCAAGAUUAUUAUGAAGUAUUACCUUGUGUUAAUGUUUGUCAAGCAAUUGUAAGAGAUUGUCCAGCAAAUUUUGGAUUUUUAUGUCCCACGAAAAAUGAUUCAAUUAAAUUGAGUUAUUAUUGGGAUGUUCAUGUAUCUGAUCAAUGGCCAAGUUGUAAUUAUCUUGGACCAUUAAAAAGUAGUAAAAGUGGUGCCAUAAAAUUGAUAAUCAAUUGGACAAUCGUUGUGGUAUCCUUUACUUUAAUGGUUGUCAUAUAG